CACGCCUCACUCCAGCAUCAUCUUACCUCUUGCUUCUGCUGACCGCUGAGCAGGAGAUUAAACCUUAAUGCACUUUCUGCAUUGCACUUAUGUGAAAAAGCGUAAUUACCCAGCUCAGUGGACGCUACCUGCUUUAACUGAGCGACUCCAGACAUGAAGAAACGACUGGUACAAAUACUUGGCUUCUUGAUUUCGUCCCUGGGAUGGUUGUUUGUGCUGUGCACUAUGGCCAUGGACUACUGGAGGAUCACACAGUUGGGAGGACAAGGGGGCUCCUUCAUCAUCAGAGUGGCCUGGUACUGGUCCAACCUGUGGAAGGACUGUUUUACUGAUUCCACCGCUAUCACCAACUGCAGAGACUUCCCUGUGCUCUGGACCGUCACCCCUUUCGUCCAGGGAGUUCGAGGAUUGCUGAUGUUCGGGUUAACGUUUGGAUCCUUUGCUGUGGUGCUUUGCUUUCUUGGGAUGGAGUGCACUUUUAUCGGUGGAGCUGAUAAAACCAAGGACAAAAUGGUUUUCGCCGGUGCAGUAUUCCACGUGGUUGGGAGUGUAGCGGAUAUUGCUGGCUACUGCUUAUACAUCAACAGGGUUGCCAGAACAACCUUUGCGGACAGUAUAGGACCAGGAGUCUUACGGUAUGACCUAGGAACUCCCAUAUUUCUUGGAUUGAUGGGAUGUUUCUUAAUCCUGUUGGGUGCAAUGUUUUAUGCUGUGACAGUCUGCAGAGCAAUAUGGCCUAAAAGUAAAGGGGUUUAUGUCUAUCAAGGAGGCACAUACAUGGUCCCUCGCUCCAGAGGACAAACGUACACUGGAUACUACAGACCCUCGUUGCAAUACGGAUCUUACCUUGGCUCAGGACGGUCCAACAGCUCCAAGAUCUCAAAGCUCUCUCAAACAACACCGACUAAAAUCUCAGAAAGAGAUGCAUUUGUUUAAUAUCUCCAAUCUAUUUUGUUGUGUAUAUUUUAUCCAAGAGACGAGCACAAAGCAGCAGUUCUGAUGACAAUGAGCAUAUUGUGGAUUAAUUUCCUUCAGCCUUCUCUUCAGAGCAGCAUAUGUAUAUUUUUAAGUUUGUGUUGUUGUUAUUCACUUGUGAUGUUUGUUUUCAUAAAGCUGGUCACAUUCUGUAGUAAAUAAACUGUGUUUACGCUGCAUUCAUUAACUUUGUUGUCAUUUAAUCAACAACAUGUACAACUGGGAACAUCACUGGGAUCGCUAUGCAUUAAUAUGUAAUUAAAAAUGAACUUUGCACCUAA